AUGCUAUCGGAGUGCUUUAUCGCAGCUACCCUGACGUCGGGCAAAGCCCCGGCGUCAGCGAGUCUCCGCGAUGUAGGGAUCUGCGUUCAUGAGUUUCAACCGUCACCUAACCUACGCUCCACCUUCAAGAAGAGCUCGACUCCAGCCAAUUGUCUGGCCGUGAGCCCGUCACAUGUGUACGCAGCUCAGGCGGAGAAAGCCAUUGUCCAUGUGUACAGCAGAGAAAAAGGGAAUCAAGAGGCGGUUAUUCCCUUCCCGGAGCGCAUUCGCAGCAUUGCGAUUGCGGGGGGCAAGAAUGGCGACGUCUUGGUCUUGGGUACCGAAGGGGGCCGUCUAAUUUUAUGGGAAACUUGCACUGGACGUCAAGUCGCUACAACAGCAUCCCACCUGAGCCCAGUGACCACCCUGGUCGUUGACCCCAGUGACAAUUUCAUUCUAUCCGGCUCCUCCGAUGCCAGUAUCCAUGUCUGGUCUUUAGUCGACAUCCUUUCUUUCACAAAGCUCCCAUCCGGCCGGGAUCGGCAACCACCAAACUCCCCCAUCCGUACAUUCUCGAACCACCGCGCUGCCAUCACGUCACUUGCCGUGGGACACAGCUCCGGUAGAUACAACAUCGCCGUUUCGACAGCACAGGAUAACACAGCCAUCGCUUGGGACUAUCGCACCGGACGCGUCCUGCGGACGUUCCUCUUACCUUCCAGCGCAGUCUCCCUGGCUCUUGAUCCAGUUGACCGCGCAUUCUACGUCGGCUAUGAAGAUGGCAGCAUCCAAUCAGUGGACUUAUACAAGUCUCAAUCCUUCCAACAUCCUCUCCAUGACCCAUCACUACAGUCUACCCCAGCCCAGCCCUCCGCAGAAGAGAAAUGGUCCCCGCCGUCUGCCGACUGCGGCGCCGCCCAGUCCCUCUCGCUCUCCUACGAUGGAAUGACCUUGUUAUCGGGCCACCAGAACGGAAAAGUACUCUCAUGGAAUGUCGGCAGAAAGAAAUACGCCACAACCGUAGCAGACUACACACAUCCCGUGACGAACCUUCAUAUGCUCCCAUUGGCUGGCCUCCCCAACCCCGGCCAGGAUCUAAAAAGGGUAGUACACACAGUCGUCAAACCCCGAUACGACAGUAGCCUGUCGGAAUCAUCUCAAGCUGCAGGCGCCGUACCUGCCAACUACACCUUCAACACCCACCUCCUCGACUCAACAUCAUCCAAGCCUGCCACAGCAAGGAACCUCGAUGGCUCCGAGCGAACAAACCAGUUUGCAGAAGCUUUCACUCAAGCCGUCUUCCCCAACUCAAUGAUCGAAGAAGGUCUUGCUGAGCUAGCUGCCUUUAACCAGCCGGAAGGCAGCACCGCCCAAGGCUCGCCCAUGAUGACACAAGCCACAAAUUAUGAGGACCUCGCAGCAAAGGACUCACAGAUAGCAAACCUAGAAAGCGAGCUUACAGCCCUCAAAAAGAAAACAACAGCCAACGACGCCGCCCGUCAACUCACCACAGACGAGGUAACAAAGCUUCGUUCCGACCUAGCCAAUUUAAAUGAUUACAUCAACGAACUCCACCAGAAACAAGACCAAGCACAGAGAGAAAAGGUCAUCCGGCAAGCCCGGAAAGAAGAACGCGAGACCCGUAAACGGGAAGCUUGGUUUGCGGCUGAGAAGAAGGGAAAGAAAGGCGACGCCAUCGUCCGAAGGAUGGAAGCCGAGGAAGCUAUGCAGACCAGUGACUCGGACGAUCAGAGCAGCGAUGAGUGA